UGAUGCGCGGAACGCUAAUCGGAUAAGAUGCAGAUUAUGCAGAAGCAAGAGAGGAAAAUGUAGGUUUCAUUCGACUGAAGUUAGAAAUAGUAUGGAGUUAAAAAUGACAUGCUGUACAAUGCAGUUGUCUGAAAGAUAUAAAUAUAAAGAUGUGGGACACGUGCCUAAUGACCAUAAUCACUUCUCGUACUUGCUAACACCCUGCAAGUAAAGUGCGCUAGUUCUCGAGCGAGUGAGAGUUGAAAAUUACUCAACGUCCGAGUCAAGCAUAGCUUUGUAGAGCACGAGGAGAACCCAGCGAACACAUCCAUUGACCGACAUCUUGCCAGCCUGUCUGGCCAAUACAGCUGUGAUGGCUUCCAGCUCGACGCAACCCGGUGCAGCAGAAAACAAAUCAAUUCUGACGCCAGUCAUGAUCUUGGAGGGACAUGAAACAUGGAAACACUCCUUGCAGGAUUCUCACGAGUUCAGCUAUAUUUCGUGCAUUUCCUAUUCUCCUGACGGCAAGCAAAUGACUAGCGGAUCACGCGAUAAGACGAUUCGGCGAUGGGACCUGCGGGAGGGUAAGGAGAUCGAGGAGGCUCGGGAGGUUUGCAAGAAUGGUAUAGAUGCGGUUGGGGUAUCAAGGGAUGGUCGAUGGGUUGUCACUGCUGCUGAUGAGGAGCUCAAAGUCAGUGAGGUUGAGACGGGGAUCGUGAGAACAUUUCACACUUGGACCACUUGCAUCGAUAUCUCCGCGGACAGCCGCGCGUUGGUAGCGAGUGGGUCAUAUGAUGGGGCACGGAUAUGGAGCUUAGACACAGGCAAACUUGUGGCUGGUCCAUUCAAAACAGGCGAGGAUCAUCUUGGCCCAAUAACGUCAGUUCGACUCUCGGAAGACUCUCGGAAGCUGGCGGUGUCAUCACAUUGGGGAGGGUACCUUCACGUGUGGGAUGUUCAGGCACAGAAAUUGCUUGUACAAAAAUCUACUCCUAACAAGCAUUCCGGGUUCAAAUUGCCGGUCUUCUGGACAACAGAAGACAAAUCCAUCGUAGCCGUAUUCAGAUUCACGGGUGAUGAUAUCACGACGAUCUAUGAGUUUGACGCGUCGACGCUCAAAACUGUCGGAGCUCCUUUCGAACACACUUCUAGAUCUGCCAUCAAUGGUCUAGCACUCUCACCUGAUUGUGUUCUUCUCGCUAGUGCUUCCUAUGAUGGCACCGUAAAGCUGUGGGCCUUCGAGUCCCGUCAACUCCUCGCUUCAUUUGACGUCUCAAUAUCUCCCAGGACCCUCGUCCUCUCACCCGAUGCACGCCAACUAGCUUACACGACCUUCGAAGACACCAAAAUCUAUGUAUGUGACAUUCCAGCGAACAUCCUUGCUAGCAUUGGGCUUGAAGCACGACCUAGUGUAUGUAUCCCCCACACAGACAUAAUUUAUAUGCUAAUAUUCUAUAGAUCAAUAAAUCUGAUUCGCGCCACCCUGGUCUGCUCAAUUUCGAUGCAACACCUCGUCCCGCGCGUCGUAAACCAGUGAUAAUACCUGUCAUGUUUUCCAUUUCCAGGGACUUACAUGCUCGCCUCCGCUUUCUACGCAAGCUCUUUUCUCGUACAGACGCGGUUCGCAUCGAUGAGCCUAAUCUCCUGGACUUUCCUGC